GCAGAAACGCAACAUAAUACACAUUUCCCGUCGUACGGUGUUGCAGAUACUUUCUAUAUUGUAGUUUUGGUAUUUUUCAUUGUCACCAAAUUAGAAUGAGAUAUUGUAUUGAAUUUUAUGCCUGAACAUAGUUUAAGGUUUUUCUUGUGCUUAAAUUAUUGCUAUUGAAUUGAAGUAGACGAAUGAGAAAAAGUAAUAGAAAAAUCUGGAUUGAACGUAGCUUGCAAUCAUUCAUAUAUACUGAAGAUAAAUAAGCAAGCGUAGAAACAUUGAAGAAAAGUUCAGUCCCCGAAUAUCAUAAACAAAGAAUCAACGCUGCUUAUGAAUUGUAAUGCAACAAGAAGAAAGAAGGUUUCAAAUUUUUUGCUGUACGACGUUAUGCUAUAUAAGUGCACAAAUCUACAUUUUAUGACUCUGGUUUAAUUUAAAUAACGUUAAAUUGAGCGAUAAGCGAUGUACUCUAGUACUCCAUAUACGGCCACUCAGAGGAUAUCCCCUAUGCGUAUGGCCACAGUGGAGAUCAGGCAGGGUUACAGCGGGAGGGGGGUGGAGAAAGUGUGUGUGAACGUUCGACUUAAAAUGAGAUGUCAGGUAUGAUAGGAAAGACAACCGUGUGUAGGAUUCCUCAAAGGCGAGCAGUACGGUUAAAUACAACGUGUCAUGGUAGUGUGUUGUGCUGUAUACAGGUUACUCCUGGAUAAGUGGCUACAAUCAUAGUAUAUAAGGCACUCAAAGUGAAGGAAAAUUAGUUGUAAGUUUAGCUUGAACGAAACCUAUAAUUAUGAGAACAUCACCAACUUCAACUACAUCUGGCCGCUGCUUAUUUAUUUAUAAAUUAAGACCAAUUGUUUAUAUAAUUUUACAUUUAAAUAUAUAUUUUUAUCAUAUUGGUGGAUCAACACACAUAGAUGUAAAUGAUUUCGUAGGUAUGCAAAGUAAACAGCAGAAUCCAUAUUUCGAUGAAAUGAAUACUACGAAUGUAACUGCCGUUGAAGAGGAAACUGCCGUUUUAAAAUGCCGAGUUAAAAAUAAAGGCAAUAGAACUGUAUCGUGGAUGCGCAAAAGAGAUCUGCAUAUUUUAACUACCAAUAUUUAUACGUACACUGGUGACCAACGUUUCGCUGUUGUUCAUCCACCCGGCAGCGAUGACUGGGACCUAAAAGUUGAAUACGCACAACAGCGGGAUACUGGUAUUUAUGAAUGUCAAGUAAACACAGAGCCUAAAAUCAAUUUGGCCGUGGUGUUAGAAGUAACAGCUGAGAUCGAUUUUAAAGAUAAAUUUUCAGAGCCUCAAUACUACGAUUCAAAAGGUUCGAUACAAGUCUAUAUAAAUUAUACAUCUGCUCGUGCAAAAAUUUUGGGCUCAACGGAAAUUCAUGUAAAACGUGAUAGCACUAUAGCAUUGGCCUGCUCCGUCAAUAUACAUGCUCCUUCAGUAAUAUGGUACCAAGGGUCGUCGAUUGUUGACUUCGAUUCACUACGCGGUGGUAUCAGUCUAGAAACAGAAAAAACGGAUACAGGCACUACUAGUCGUUUAAUGUUGACGCGAGCUUCUCUACGCGAUUCAGGCAAUUAUACUUGCAUGCCCACCGGUGCGAUACCUGCUUCAGUGCGUGUACACGUUCUAACUGGAGAACAACCCGCCGCGAUGCAAACCAGUAAAGGUUUGCACAUUGCAAGAACGAAAUUGGCUAUUGUUACAAUAUGCUUGCUCACCUUAACUGCAUGGCAGCGUUUCACAUUUAUUUCACAUAUGACGUCUGUACAAUUUAUUAACAGCAGGUUUUGGCAAUUACAAGAAGAACAAUUUAACGGUUGGCUCAUAUCUCGCAAGCAAUGUAGCCAUCAGCAAAAUAAAUGGCACCGUGCUGAUCGACGAAAAAGUUGAUUCGAAAUUCAUCAUUACGUACCACACGCUGUUCUCGUAGUGAAUUAAUUGUAUUAUUUACUUGUCAUACAUAUAAAAGCCACACAAAUAAAUAUUCAUACAUUCAAUAAAAAUACUGAAUAGAGAGACAAGCUGGAGCAUAAACAGCAAAAGUUUUUGUAGAAAAUCGUCCGUUUCCUGUGAUGAGAGUUCAAUAAAUCGUAUUGUUCAAUUCAAUUACUUGUGUUUCCCGUGCCUUUAUUGCCCUCAAUUUUGUUUAUUACUUUAAGGGAAAAAGCUACUAUAACACUCCGCAAAAAGAACAAAUUUCUUUGACAAUUUGUUUCGAAUGAAGAGAAGGUAAUAUAAUAAUAACAUUAGAAGAAGCGGUUAACCAUAUAUACGCAUAUUUACAAUGGGAGUACCGAGUACGAUCGCUUUUAAUUUUCGAUAUCCAAAAACGUAGUUAUUUGUAUGAAAAGACCUUCGGGUAUUCAAAAUCAGGUUUUUUAUAUUCUAUUCCUUUCGAAUUUUUGAAAUGUCGAUGCCAUAUAUACACUUAAUUCUCAUUUUACAUUUACAGUUACAACGCACAUUUGUGAGAAGUGUGAAUAAAACAAUUCAUAGAAACGUCAAAAAACAAUAAUAAUAUUCCUUGUGAUUCUAAAGAAAAGAAAAAAACAACUAAAUGUUUAUAGACUAAUACUAUUGGUUUGGCGACGUUGAUUGUUUAAAUUUUUUGUUAUAAAGCUGGAAUUGUAUAUGGUUAAGAGGGUUAUUUUAUCAGUUAAAAGUAAAAACACGGAAAACAGAGGUGUUUACAGUUUUUGUUACAUAGACGUGUGGGCGUUCAUUAAAAAGUUUGGCUCAUUUUUAACUUCUUUUGCAAGUUUGGGAGUCAUAUCUUCCACUGUGGUUUAUGGAGCAAAAAACAACUUGUUUACUUCUUUAAAAAAACAGACGUGUUCUUAGCUCACAUAGUAAUAUAGGGGUGUCCUGCAAACAGUUUUGUCUAUUUUCAAUACCAAUCUACAUGCAAAAACUUUCCAGGUUUUUGGCAAAUUUGAAAUCGAUAGCUUCAUUUUUGCGGCCAGGAGAACGAUUACAACAGACAUUAUACAAAUA